AUGGGAGAUAUGCCGUUCGAUGACACCUUCCAAUUUGGCUACAGCAGUAGUAGCAAUGAUAGCAGCGUCGCUGUACAAAUCCCCAGUACGAAGAUUUGUAUGGAACCUCCCGUCACACCGCUCAACACAGCGGAAGCGAUGAUCCGGCCUCGAGUAGAGUUUGUAGCGAAACGCCUGGCAGCUAUCCCACGUCGCUUUGCUUCACAAGCUCAAACCAUGUUUAUACAUCGAAUGCAUUUCCAGUAUACAUGUCCGAGUGCUCUACAAGAUGCGAUGAGUGCUUGUGCGUUGUAUAGCAUCAAGACUGAAGCCAAUCGGGCUUUGGUCUUUGGUCACGUGCAGCACAAAUGCCAGCAGCUUGUCACGAGCACGGAUGCGCAAUCUGCAUCGAAAAUCGAGCUUCUUACGGGUCUGCAGGCUUUGUUGUUGUAUCAGAUGAUUCGCCUUUUUGAUGGAGAUGUUCGUCUCAGAGCCCUUGCUGAAGCCGAUGAAUCGGUUACUUUGCAAUGGGCGAAUCGACUCAAGACUCUGCUACGUGACGGCGGUGCGGUAAUGCGGCACAGCGCGGCUUCUUCGCCUAUUACACGAGUAGGUUUUCAUCAUUCUCCUUCGCCUUCUUCAAGGGACAUUUCGGUCGACUCGUCGGACAAUUGGCUAUACUGGCUCACUACCGAAUCAAUACGACGAACGAUUAUAACAACCCAUGUCCUCAGCGGUAUAUACAAUUUCCUCAAACUUGGAUAUGAUGGUCCGACACCAGAUCUUCGUGUGUCUUUUACCGCGCAAACAGCGCUGUGGGGUGCACAGAGUGAGAGCGGAUGGCGCUGGGCGCGCGAGGAUGCUAAUGUAGAGAAUCUGGAGAUAUGGGUCGAGCGCUGGGACGAGGCGAUUAUGAAGGCGAGACCGGAGGAUUUGGAGGACAUGGGGGUUUGUAUCAUGGUUAUGUUGUGGGGGGUUGAGGGGGCGAGGGGGUGGUUGGGUAGGGAAUUUGUGGCGAGGUUUGGGCUAGAUGGGAUGUAG